GGAAAUGACGGAGACUCCAUGGAAACGGCAGACUGGCGUGCUAGCCAGAGAGAGAAGAAGCGGUUAGCUAGUGUUUGCGUGGCUUAAAUUUGUAUCCUGAUAGACUUAACUAAACACAUUUCGUUCUCCUUUCUGCAAAGAUGAGUCGGACGCCGGACGCGCGAGCAAGGGACAGCCAGACAAGAAAGAUCCAGGAAAACAUCACCACUGUGGAGAAACAUUUUGGAGAGAUGUGCCAAGUGUUUGCUGCCUAUGUCCGUAAAACAGCCAGACUACGAGACAAGGCGGAUAUCCUGGUUCGGGAAAUUAGCUUAUAUGCAGACACAGAAACACCAAACCUGAAGAGGGGUAUGAAGCAGUUUGCUGACCAUCUGGCCAAGAUUGAAGACUAUCGCCAAGCUGAGGUGGAAAGACUCGAAGCCAAAGUAAUAGAGCCAUUAAAAAGCUACGGAGCUGUAGUGAAACGUAAAAGAGAGGAUCUGAAGACAACUCAGAGUGCCAGAAACAGAGAGGCCAAACAGAUGGCCCAGCUUGAGAGGACCAGACAGAGAAACCCCUCAGACAGGCAGAUCAUUUCUCAGGCUGAAAGUGAGCUCCAGAGAGCCACCAUGGAUGCCACACGGACCACCAGGCAGCUGGAGGAGACUAUAGACGAGUUUGAGAAGCAGAAGAUCCGGGACAUCAAGAAAAUCUUUGGGGACUUUGUGACAGUGGAGAUGUCAUUCCAUGCCAAGGCAUUGGAGGUGUACACCUUGGCCUACCAGAGCAUUCAAAGUGUGGAUGAGGAGGAGGACCUGGAGGUGUUCAGAAGUUCACUACACCCUCCUGACUACCAGUCACGCUUAGACAUAGUGCGAGCUAAUUCCAAAACCUCCCUUGAUCGGACCGGGUCCUUCUUGAGUACAUCAGGGACUUUACAGCAACAAAGGGCUUUCGGUCGACAGACAAGGAGAGAGGACGAGGAAGAGGAUGAUGAAGAAGAUGAAGCUGAAUCUGAAGAGGAGGAGGAUGAUGAGGAUGAAGAGGAGGACACAGAUGAUGAAAAUUAACCUUUUUUGUUUGUUUUGUCUUGCUUUGUGUGUAUUUGAAAUUAAAAAAAAAAAAAGACUUGCAGAAGAAAUAUUACCGUUUCAUAAUAUAUUGAAAGAAAAGCUGUGUCAUUGCCAAAAUCACCUCACGCUGGUGGUCUGAACAGUAUUGUAGUCCAAGCGUGUUGUAGUUGUCAUGCUUUGUCCUUUACUAACAUUUGUCCCAUUUUUAUAUAACACCAGAGGCCAAAAUGCUCAUUAAAUAUUUACUUGUAUUAUACUGUUAGUGAAUUUUGUUGCAUUUUUAUUGUUAUUCAUCUUUAUAAAUAAAAAGAAAAGUGGGUUU